AUGGCGUUGGCCAUGAUGGAUCGGGCCUCCAUGAUCGAGGCUGCCUCCCGCAGCUUGCGCCAGCAGAUGAACCGCAGCGUCCAGAGGCCCUACGCGAAAGGCAAUCUUCACGACGGUGCUGCGUUGGACGAGCCCCGGAGCGCGGAGAAUGCCCAGCGCAGAAUCCGAAGUGCCGAGAACCAGCAUAGGUCCAUCUCUUCUGCAUCGCAGGAAGCUCCCCAAAGUAGCAUUGGCACCGUGGCUCCCACCCCAUCGGCCUCUGCGUUGGACAACUAUACCCUUGAGGAUGACGUGGAGGAGGAUGCCACCGGCAGUUCGAAUCUGGACGAUGUGCCGAGGGUCCCGCACGAUUUUCCACAAGAGCUCAAGCGGCCGGCCAGCAGAAAGAAGGACCCGUCUGCCUCAGCCGCGGCGGGACUCGGCGCUUUCGCGGGACCCUCCAGGAUGACCGAUGCCUUCGAGCAGCGCAAGACGCGGCAGCCCAUUCCGGUCGAGAGCUGGGGACCACGCCCGCCUUCCCGUGCGGGACUGCCACAGAAGGCCUCCACCCCUCUAGAGGGUAGCCUUGCCGACGGCUUUGUCAGCACACCUUGCAGAGGUGGCGGCGCUAGCUCGAGCGUAGGCCGCGCGAGCAAAGAGCGGGAGCCAAGUCAAGGUGGUAGCCGGCCUGCGAGCAAGAUGGCUGGUGACCAAGCACGCAGCGGCAGCAAGACCAGCAACGACCAGGCUCUAGGCGCAAAAGUCGUUGGAGGCACCUGGGCAUCUGCCCGCGUAGAGCCGCGCGUGCAGCGUCCCUCGUUGGCGGCCACGGAUGCGGCGCGCAGUCGAGGCCGCGAGCGACGGGCGACGACGCAGACGCGGGGUACGCCCGAGGCGGCCGACUUGGGCGUCUUUGGCCGGGGUCAGCCGAUGACGAAGAGUCUUAGUGGUGUCCUGGACUCCGGACAGUUUCGCGGAGCCUCCACACCCAGCUCGCGUGCGGCCAGCCGUCCUGAGGCCCUUGCCGACCCGCUAGCGCUUGGUGUCAGCGGUUGUGGGCUGGGCGAUGCCGCAGCAUGGCCCGCCAGCCCUCAAUCGUGCGGCGGAACCCCACCCACCCGUCGUGGGCGCCAUCAGUCGACAGAGCCGAUGCAGAUGGAAGAUGUGGAGGUAGAGGAUCAUGUCCUCCACCCGAACUUUCGCCGUACCGACGCUGCGCCACCUCAGGUUAUUGUCACGAGAUCGAACCAAGCUGCCCAAAGCCGUGUCCACCUCCGCCGCUCUGUGGACCAACGAGCACUGCGCGAGCGGGACCGAAGUAUGCCGUUUUCGACCUCGUUAGACGUGGACUUCCUCAGCCUUUUUGCCUCCUGA